AUGGCCACUUUCUGGCCCCAGAACUUAAAAGAAGACUUUUUGGAUAAUACGAAAGAUGGCACCAUAUACUUCAGUCUUGGUAUUGGUAAUGAGUUGAAACAAUUUUUGGAUGCUGCCAAAGAAGGCGUUAUUUAUUUUAGCCUGGGAACAAAUGUAAUGAGUAACGAAUUGUCCAAAAAACUUCAAGAAACAAUAAUUGCCACAUUUUCUCAACUUCCAUAUAAAAUUCUAUGGAAAUUUGAAAAUGAUGUAUUAUCAAACAAACCUGAUAACGUCAAGAUUACAAAAUGGGCACCACAACAAGAUGUACUACGACACAAGAACAUAAAACUAUUCAUCAACCAAGGAGGUCUUCAGUCCUUAGAAGAAGCAUUAUUCGAAAAUGUACCAAUGGUAGUAAUACUAUUCAUCGCAGAUCAAAAAUCUAACGCGGAUAAAGUUAAACAUAAAGGUCUAGGCCAGGUCUUAGAUUGGAAAACUUUAUCUGUUGAUGAAUUUAACACAACCAUCCAGGAAGUAAUUAAGAACCCAAUAUAUAAAGAAACAAUCAAGAAAUUAGCCAGUCAAAUUCAGGAUGUACCUAUGAAAGCAGUAGAGAAAGCAGCAUGGUGGACAGAGUAUGUGUUAAGACACAAACAAACAAAGCAUUUAAAAGGACCACGAAUUCCCAUAUAUCAAUAUUAUUACCUUGAUGUGUUUGUUUUUCUGGGUGUGGUUAUAUCGCUUUUACUGUUAUCAGUGUAUUAUGUGUUAAAAUGUGUCAAACGAUGUAUCUGUGGCACGAGUGCAGAAAAUAAAAAUGCAAUAAAUAAUUAUUUCGGUUAUAAACAAUUUAUACUUGUGUGUUACAAUUAUGGCUAA